UUAUUAUUGGACUUGCCAUUCUUCACUUCACUUCACUUCAUAUCCAAAGACAUUAUAUUCCCUUUCUUCACCCUCAUCUUCAUCGAAAUAGACGCGGUUUUCUCCCACCAAGCUUGGCACAUGUCCACUAUCCUUCCUUGAAAUUCCGCCGUGCAACUAUGACGCGGGCGUUUUUCUUCCGAUGGCCCCCCUUCCCCCGGCCAUCCCAGAUCUUGAUCACUUUUAUCACCCAUCCGUCAUGCUGAACACAUUCCAGUAACGCCAGCCUAGGCAUGGAAUUGUAUUUGCCAGACACACGCGCGACUUUCUUUGUCUCUAAUUUGAAACCUCUGAAUCCUACAUGGCUCCAUUGAGGAAUUUGUCGCAAAUUCGGCAGCAAUGGCUGCCAGGACCGCGUCGAAGCCUUUACACUCGAAGCGGGAUACUACAUAGGUCCAAUGCUGCCACUGUUGCUCGACGCUUUGGUACUCCCCUCUUCCUCGCAGUAGCUACCGUCAGCGUACUGUCGUCGCCUACUCUCUCUAGCACUUUCUGUCGCCCGGUCCAUAACGAUGCGCCCAAGAGCUCUGCAUGGAAACGCCUUGCCCCGAGCUUCUUGCAGAGUAAUGAUAAAGAAAAUGAGACAACAACCGCAAAAGAGGCAGAGGAGACCGUGAAUGACUCUACCGGUAGCGGAAAUCAGAAACCACCUCCACAAUCUCGUAUUGUUACGGACAAAAGGGAUGGCGACAGCAGGAAGAUUGAGGAUGCCUCGGAGGAUGCCGGGCCAUGGUUAGGGUUCACAACUAAGCUGUCGAACGCUUCAAUAUCAUUCUCUACCCUCGGAGAUACAAUUGCAGAUUACGUCCUACCAAAUUGGGCGAAGCUGUUGCCGGCUUAUAUCACGAAGAUCCAGAACGAACUCUCUAUGUCGCCAGGAUCAUUGGCGGAGGAGAUAUGGCAUGAUGCAAACAACCCAGAGAUUAAUGAAGAAAUACUAUGGGAUGCAUCAGUUCGAGUUUCGAAUGACUUGUGCCCAGACGAGAAGAAAUUCCUAGAAAAGAGAUCCGUGUUUACUCGAAGAGGUCUGGCCAGAUAUCUGGAUAUUCCCGAAAGCAAGAUUCAUCCGGACGACGUCCCAGUCAUUGCUAUGUGUGGAUCCGGUGGGGGCUUGCGUGCUCUUGUUGCAGGCACGUCAUCCUAUCUUUCUACCCACGAAGCUGGAUUGUUCGACUGUGUUACGUACACUGCGGGAGUCAGUGGUAGUUGUUGGCUUCAGACCCUGUAUUACUCGGAGAUUACUCAACGAAGUCAUGCCAAACUUAUUCGACAUCUUAAAAACCGACUCGGCGUCCACAUUGCAUUUCCUCCUGACGCCCUCGAGCUCAUUGCCAGUGCCCCAACCAACAAGCACCUCCUGAGUGGGCUUGUAGAAAAAGCAAAGGGAACCCCAGAUGCAGAGUUUGGUAUCGUCGACAUUUACGGCCUUCUACUAGCGGCGCGUCUGUUGGUUCCCAGAGGCGAGCUAUCGGUAGACGAGAGAGAUUUCAAGAUCUCGAAUCAACGAAUCCAUACUGACACUGGGUCCCAACCUCUCCCAAUCUAUACCGCCGUACGCCACGAGAUUCCCCUCACCGAGCAGUCAGAUAUCAAGGACCCCGUGGCAGCAGAAGCAAAAGCACGAAAAGAAGCAUGGUUUCAAUGGUUCGAAUUCACUCCUUACGAAUUCUGGUGUGAGGAAUGGGAAGCCGGUAUACCAACGUGGGCACUUGGCCGCAAAUUUGAGAACGGCCGAACCGUCUGGCGAGAGAAUGGUCUUUCCCUCCCAGAGCUCCGUGUCCCCAUGCUCAUGGGUAUCUGGGGAAGCGCAUUUUGCGCCACCUUAUCUCAUUACUACCGCGAGAUUCGCCCCGCUGUGAAAGGCCUUACAGGCUUUGGAGGUCUGGACGACAUGAUAUCCGAACGCAACGACGACCUCAGCAAAGUGCAUCCCAUCAACCCGGCCGCAAUGCCCAACUUCGCGUACGGUAUGCGCAACUACCUCCCAGCAACCUGCCCCGAAUCCGUAUUCGACGCUCCAAACCUCGAGCUCAUGGAUGCUGGAAUGAGCAACAACCUCCCAAUCUACCCACUUCUCCGCCCCGGCCGCAAUGUUGACAUCCUCAUCGCCUUCGACGCAAGUGCAGAUGUGAAGACGGACAAUUGGCUCAAAGUAGCAGAGGGAUACGCCCGCCAGCGAGACAUCAAAGGUUGGCCCGUCGGAGCCGGCUGGCCAUCCGACGACGAAACCAUUGAAGAGCUCCGCGACGACCUCUCCGCAGCGCAAGCCCAAUCUCCCGCCGAAGCCCGCGAAAAGAUCCAAGAAGCCCAAGCUCAAGACAACUCUUCCCAGGACCCAUCAUCCCCCACAUCCAAGAGCCCCAAAUCCAAAGCCAAAGACCUCGGCUACUGCAACAUCUGGGCCGGCACGACCGAAGAACGCACCUCGGAGCCCACAUCCCCACCGUCCCCCAACCUCUCCUCCGAAGACAACUGGGAGACCAUCGGGUCCGCGGACGGCAUAACCGUAAUCUACUUCCCCUUCCUCGCGAACCCGAAAGUCAAGGGCGUCGACCCGAAGACGUCCGACUUCAUGAGCACGUGGAACUUCGUCUACACGCCCGAGCAGAUCGACAGCGUCGUCGAGCUCGCGCGCACGAACUUCCAAGAGGGCGCCGAGCGCACGAAACGCACGGUCCGCGCCGUCUACGAGAGGAAGAAGAGGAUGAGGGAGGAAAGGGAGGCGGAGGCGCUGGAGAGGAGACGCAGGUGGAAGUUGAGGCAGGGGAGGGCGGGUGGUAGGAGGGUUGGAGAGGACGACCAUGGGGAUCACUUUAGUUGAUGAUGAUGCGAGACGGCUAUGCUAUUCACACUUUGGUUAGAGAUUGAUGCACCGAUACUGUCGGC